AUGCCGCAACCGGCUCCGACCAGCUUUCACGACAGUCCUCCCAUGACCACCGAUGGCUGGUCGUACUGCGUUCCUCAGCCUACUUCACUGGGCUCGCGGUCUGAUCGGGGAUCCAACGACUCCUGUUCUCCACCCCUUUCCCUCGGCGCCAGUCCAUCCAGUCCUCCCACUUCGCAAAAUUCUCACAGCGACGAGACCACCCCUCGCGUGGAUCGAUCGCGCAUCGAGAAGCGGAGACUGAACACCCUCGCGGCGCGCAGGUCCCGCCAGAGACGAGUGGACCGCAUGAAAGACCUGGAGGAUGAACUGGCGGCGAUGCGACGUGAGCGGGACGAGCUCAAGCUCAAGGUGUCGCGACUGGAAGGUGAAACGGAGGCUCUCAAGGGCCUGUUGUCGCGAAAAGGUUGA